CUCAUAAUUCAUCAUGUCAUUGUUACCUUCAACCUUAUCAUGUAUUUCUAGAAAGAAAUACGAUGUUUUCUUGAGUUUUAGAGGUGAAGAUACACGCAAAAACUUCACAGAUCAUCUCUAUGAUGCUCUAAAUCGAAGUGGAAUUAUCACUUUCAGGGAUGAUUCAAAGAUGGAUGCCGGUGAAGAGAUCGCAGCACAACUCUUUCGAGCCAUUCAACAAUCAUGGUGCUCGGUAAUUGUUUUUUCAGGAACCUAUGCCUUUUCAAGUUGGUGCUUGGAGGAGCUUGCUGAGAUUGUUAAACAAAAAAACGAGAAAGGACAUAAAGUGUUUCCAAUUUUCUACGAUGUGAAUCCAUCUGAUUUAAGAAAACAGAAAGAAAAAGUUGAAGAAGCAUUUGCCAAACAUGCAGAGAGAUACAAGGAAGAUAAAGAAAAGAUUCUAAGGUGGCGAAAUGCUUUGACUCAAGUGGCUAACAUCAAAGGAUGGCAUUUAAAUAACAGGCAUGAAUCAGAGUUUAUCGGAGAUAUUGUUAGAAAAAUAUCAGCAAAAUUAUGUCAAACAUAUCCAGUUUUUCAUGAUGAGUUGGUUGGAAUCAGUUCACGCUUGGAGGAGUUGUAUUCAAAAAUAGAGAUUGGGGAAGAUGACAUCCGCAUCAUAGGAAUUUGCGGAAUGGGUGGCAUUGGUAAAACAACUCUCGCAAGAGUUGUAUACGACCAAAUGUCAUCUCAUUUUGAAGGUAAAUGCUUCAUUGCUGACGUUCGAGAAGUUUCAGACAAAUUUGGACUCGUUUCUCUACAGAAACAACUUCUUUUCCAGAUCUUGUCUGGUGAAGUCUUCGAAUUUUUCAAUGUUCAUGAAGGGAAUGCCAUAAUUAGCCGCAGAUUAUCUAACAAAAAGGUCCUUGUUGUGAUUGAUGAUGUGGAUAAUUUACAGCACUUGAAAUACUUGGUUGGAAGGCAUGAUUGGUUUGGUUUAGGGAGUAGAAUCAUUAUAACAACAAGAGAUGAACACUUGCUCCAAUCUUACCGAGUUGAUGAUGUGUAUAAGCCUUCAACAUUGAAUGACAGCGAGGCACUUCAACUUUUCAGUUUGAAAGCUUUUGAUAGUGAGACAGCACCAAAUGAUGUUUUCAUUGAGCUUUCUGAACAUGUUGCAAAAUAUGCCAGUGGUCUCCCGUUAGCUCUUGAAGUCUUGGGUUGUUUUUUGUGCGGUAGAGAUGUAGCUCAAUGGAGAAGUGCAAUCCAAAGACUUGAAAAGGAUUCUAACAAAGAGAUUAUUGACAGACUUCGAAUUAGCUUUGAUGGAUUGGAGGAAACGGAGAAGAACAUAUUUCUAGAUAUAGCAUGCUUCUUCAAUGGGGACGAGAAAGAUUUUGUAAUGAAAGUAUUGGAUGGCUGUGAGUUUUUUCCGGAUAUUGGAAUCGAUGUUCUCAUUAAGAAGUCUCUACUAACAGUUGACGAAAACAACAAAUUAUGGAUGCACAACUUACUACAAGAAAUGGGAAGAAGAAUUGUUCGGGAAAAAUCUAUUGAGGAGCCUGGAAAACGUUGUAGAUUGUGGGAGGAAAAGGAUGUAUAUCAUGUGCUAACGAAGAACACUGUAAGUCAUUCCAGGGAAAUUGCAUAUUAUAUUAAUGUUAAAGACAGAAAUGAUACACACAAUGCUACGGAAGCGAUUCAAGGCAUGAUCAUUGACGAUAAAAGGAUAUCCAACAAGAUGCUCAAUUUGAAUGUUAAUGCUGUCUCGAAGAUGAAAAAAUUGAGAUUGCUCAAAGUCCUUUGCCUCUCAAAUUGUGAUGAACUCAAAUAUCUUCCUAAUGAGUUACGGCUCUUAGAUUGGAUGGGAUAUCCUUUAAGAUUCUUACCUCCAAGCUUCCAACCAGACAACCUGGUUGCACUUCUGCUACCACACAGUCGCAUUGAACAACUAUGGAGGGGAAAUAUACAGCCCCUGUAUAAGUUGAAAGUGCUCAACCUCAAAGGGUCCGAAAACCUGAUCAAGACACCGGACUUUACAACAGCCCCAAAUCUGGAAAUUUUGAUAUUGGAAGGUUGUACAAGAAUAGUAGAUGUUCAUCCAUCAGUCGGAGUUCUUUCGAGGCUUAAACUUCUGAAUUUAAGAAGCUGCACAAAUCUUAGGAAUCUUCCAACCAAAAGUGGAAUAGAAUCUCUUGAAACAUUAAUCCUAAAAGAUUGUAGAAACCUUAUUAGUCUCCCAAGCAGCAUUGGUGGGUGUAAAUGUCUAAAAACUCUUGAUCUUUCAGGUUGCUAUAAAGUUGAAAAUUUGCCGGAGAAUUUGCAGCAAGUAGAGUUGUUGGAAGAGAUUGACUUAAGUGAAACAGCCAUAGAAAAACCGCCAUCCUUCAUUUUUCAACUUAAAAAUCUUAAAGUUUUGUCUUUGAAUAGGCUCAAGACACCAUCUAAGUUAGCCCCAAAUCUACCUUCUCUUUUCCAGGUAUUCCAAAGAGGACGGAUCGAGUCUUUGCCUCCAAUGUUACAUUCAUUGUCAGGUUUGAUUUCAUUAAGAGAGCUGAAACUAAGGAACUGCAAUCUUCGUGAAGGAGAUAUUCCAAGUGAUAUUUGUUGUUUACACUAUUUGGAAAAGCUUGAGCUUGGUGGUAACAAUUUCAUCAGCGUACCUGUGUCUGCUAUUGGAUUUCCCAGUCUUCAAUAUCUUGGAUUGUCAAAUUGCAGGGAGCUUAAAUCGUUUCCUAGUCCUGGUACUUCUCUAUUUGCAGCUCCAUCAAUGGUUUGCAAUGCAGUGGAACGGUUUAAUGGUCUUCACUGCUACAAAUUAUUUGAGAAUAUCAACACAUUAACAAUGCUGAAAUUCUAUCUUAAGGUAGUUGCAUGUUUAAGAAAAAGUUUUGAUGUUGUUAUGCCCGGAGGUGAAAUCCCAAAAUGGUUCAGCCAUCAAACAGUUGGCUCUUCAAUCAAGAUACCACUGCCUAACAAUAUUCAGAAUGAUAGUCAAUGGAUGGGAGUUGCUUUCUGCUGCAUUUUUGUCAAUGAUGAUGCUUCAAGGGAUGAGGAACUCACAUGUGAUGCUGUUAUCCAUCAUAGGAAUUCUGGACAAGCUGAUUCUGAUAGAUCUGGUUUUCGGGGUAGAAAUCCUCGACGUGUUUCAGGGGACGGUUGGAUUUUUUCUAAAGAAUAUAACCAGCCAAUAAUAAAGGACCACCUUUAUCGUUGUUUUUUGUUCCGUGACAGAUUAUAUCCAUUUUCCUUAGAGGAUAAAUGUGGUGAAAGUGAAACUGAGAAUUCAUCAACAUUGGAUUGCUCAAAUCAGGAAUUCGAUGAACUCCAGUUUUCGGUCACAUCCGAUGAUAGUCACAUAAGUGUUAAGGUCAAGAAAUGUGGGCUUCGAAUAGUUUAUCAGAAAGAUUUGGAAGAUAUCAAUGAAGAUUCCGCCGCAGAUGGAUCAAUAGCUGAAGGUCCCCUUAUAAAGCGAAGACAUAAUGUUUAUGAAGAGACCGAGGCCGAGCCACAACCAAAAAGGAUACACAAGUUUUUCAAUUUAUGAUGGGCCGAACGGGGAAGAAGGAUUA